UUUUACUAUUUUUUACGGAUACCGGUAGCAAUUUUUUCGUAGUUUUAUAGGAAUCGUAACUAUAGGGACCGUAAUUAUAGGGGGGUCGACUGUACCUAACUUUUUCCAAUGUUUAUUAUGUUAGUGCACGAACCUUGUAAUUCUAGCCUUUUAUUUUUCUGACAGAAACAAUUUUUUAUAGUAUUCGCGAGACUGUCAGGCAGACAUUCGUUACGUUUUGCGUCUGUUUUUAUUUUCGAAAGAUGAUAGUAUAAUAGAAAAGUUAGAAAGUGGGCAGUUGUCUGAUGUCUGUUGUUUCUGUGCAGUAUAAAUCGAACUGGUCUAGAUAAAGCCGAAGUUCAAUCUUAUCUAAAAAAUAUACUGUAUUAUCGAGAAGACUCAAGCGGCUAAAGAGGUAACAAAAAUCACAUCUGAGAAAUAAAGAACGCUGAAAAUCUGACGGCAGAAGAACGCCAGGUACUCUUGAUUGAGGAACACCAAGAAACUCGGCGAGAUAUGCUUUCUUCCGAGGAUUAAUGCUGAUAUCUGCUAUUAAAGAUCUUUUAAAGAAGUGGAAAGAUGUCAGAACAACGGUCUUAGGUGUCUUAGGUACAAAUCAGUUUGAGGUUAAUACGCACAUGGAUCAAUUACUACAAUUAAAAUGCUAUUAAUUCCGAAAAAUCCUGAAGAAGAGAGUAAAGCAAUUGACAUUAUUAGAUUCUUUAACCGAUCACCCACUGUAUUUUUAAAUUAAUUAAUGUAUAUCCAUCGUUUAUAAAAAUAAUGCGAUAUUUUAAUAAGUUUAUAAUUGCUGAAAGAAAGUUUUAUACAGUUUGGCAUUGUUAGCAGAACAGCAGAAAUAGUCUUAAAUUUUGUAAUGUUAUCCAAAAUUACUACUCCACUUUCAGUAAUUCUACACGAAGAGGAAUAAAUAAACUGUGUCGAUAAUUUAUACAGUAUGUGUAACAAUAAAAUAGACACUGAUAUUAUAUUUUCACAAACACGUAUAUUAUUCAAAAUACUUUCAAUCGAUGAAAGAGAAUUGAAAAACACUUAAGAAAUUCGACAAACUGUGACUUAAGACAUGUUUCUUUCUUCAGACUGUCAAAUAUCUGAUGAUAUUAUUGACAGGAGAUGAAGCAUCCAAUUUAUGUGACAAUUGCGAAGCAUUUCGAGAAAAUGUUUUUCUUUUUAGUUUUGUUUGAUUGAUUACGGCAACGCAACACUUGGGCGAUCUGCCUGGGGGUACCUUCCAAGAGGUCUUUUAGGGGAAACCGGCCCCUAUUUAUUCGUUACAAACGUAAAAAAAAACCCGGAAAACUCCACGUAGCCACCCCGUCCGAGCGGGGCGUGAACCUACGACCAAACUCCCAGUGUUAGGGGUACGAAGACAGCUCGGCCACUGGUGGGCCCGCCUUUCUUUUAAGAAUAAUGCUUAUUUUUAAUAUUAUAAGACAAAUUUUGCCCAUGUAGGGAUCGCCAUUUAUUCGUUUUUCGUUCCAGACAAUACAUUUUCGGAGACCGACCUUCCUUUCUAGGCUAUUAGCAUCCAAAAAGCUAAAAGGUCCUUUUAAAAAAUACAAAAAAUUUCCAAUUAAAAAUACAAAGAUUUUCUAAAAUUGGAACUGGUAGUAUACGAACGUCUUUCUUGUUACCAUCUGUACCUUUUUGGGGUGUUUCGACUUUUUAUCCGCAGAGAAGUGAGCGCUGGAAAAUGUAGAUUAAAAUGGUUCUUCCUGGUGAUGAUACUUCACAGUUAUAAAUCGCGAAUGCUACAAAAAUCAGUCAUUAAUAAUAUUUUAUAGAUACAAUUAUUUGUCAUACAAAAGCUUUUAUAGCUACAAUGAUCAGUCAUUCAAGAGCUUUAAUAACUGAGCUUAUACAGUUACAACGAUUUAUUAUAGAAAAGCUUCUAUAGUUGCAUCAAUCAGUCAUAAAAAGCAUUUAUACAUACAAUAAUUUGUUAUACAAAAGCUUUUAUAGCUACAAUUAUCAGCCAUCAAGCACUUUUAUAACUAAGCUUUAAUAAAUACAACGAUAGAUCAGAGAAUAGCUUUUAUAGCUAUAAAAAUCAGUCAUUAAAAAGCUUUUAUAAAUACAAUAAAUUUGUUAUACAAAAGCUUUUAUAGCUACAAUGAACAGUCAUUUAAGCUCUUUCAUAACUGAGCUUUUACAGCUACAUUGAUUGCUGUAGCAUUAUUAAGAAACUUUAGAACUUUAGCAAAAAUGCCUUUUAUUACACCAUGUGAAUACUUUGAUACUUAUCAAAUGUUAGAAUUAUCUACGUAUAUUUUAUCCUUGAAAACAUUUGCAUAUUUUCAAACAAAAUAUUUUAUCGUAGUCUUAUCUAUGGAUACACAACCAUAUAUGCUAUAAAAACAUUACAAAUUGGCUGUUUACCAAAUGUCAGAAUUUUAUAUAUAAGCUUAUGUACUUAAGUUACCGAUUCGAAGAACUUUGGUCAAAGGGUUAGAGAACUUUGUUCUAGACAUAUAGUCACGAAUCAGUCCUUAAAUUUUACAAGAAUACAUUAACGUGAAACGUUAAUAUACUUUACCUCUACUCCACUCGUAGAUAUGAAAGCUCUUUUAUUACUACUCGUUGUAUUUAGCUGUACUAAACUACAAAAGUCACCUUCCUUACCUUUUGCUAUUAGCAAGUUGAAUAAUUCUGAGAUAAUAAAGUUAUGAAAUGCGGGUGUAGGAUAUUUACCUAAAAUUAUUCUUAUUUGUAAUUUCCAUAGGCAAUCCGCGAUUCAAACAGAGAUAAUUCAACAGUUGAAAUAUCUCCUGUUUAGGAAAUUUAAAACAAAACGGAAUUACUGAUUAUUAUGAAACAAUUGAUGCAACCAGGUAAACAAAAAACUUUACAAAUCAAAUUAGAUUUAAACAUUAAAAUGGCUGACAAAUCGAGCGAACAAGUAAAAUAUGCCUUGGAUCAUUCGCUUCCAGUAACGCAAGUUGCCUCUUCUAUUCUAAUCAUUUUAUCUCUAAUUACAUUAAUAAUCGAUGUAUUGUUACUGCAACGAUCAGUUUGUGUGUCUUUUACACAUUCCGCAAUCAUCUUUACAAAAAACAUCACAAAUUUAUUUAUCGAAUACAUCGAGUAGUAUUAUAUAAAAGAAAGAUAUCUCAUUCCAAAAGAUUAAAGAAGAAACUACUCCGAAAAAAGAUGUAGAGCUCAAAGCCAUCCAUGAUGCAAAUCAACAACCUGAAUCAACACUUGACCUAUUCUUUUUGGUUUUAAAAGAAAAUUUAGACUAGAGAAAAACUUAAAUUUUUUUUUAUUAAAAAAUUCAAACUCAAACUUAUGGAAAAAAAAUAAAAACAAUUUCAUGAUUCAAAAUAAUUUUGACAUCAACACCAGUUUGACAAUUAUGAGAAAAAGGAAUAAACAUUGACAGAAGAAGGUCAAGACUCCAUUAAAAGAGAAAGUCAAUGUUCGCCAAAUUCAGGUUGUUGUCCGUCAUAACAAGUUGUCCGCCAUAGACGGGUUUUAUUUGAUCUUUCACUUUCUAUUUCUAGGUAACUUUCUUUCGUCGUUUUCUUGUAUGUUUUUCCAAUUAAGUAGUAGGUAUAAAAUCAAGAUAAAUUUUUUUCAAGGGUCUAUAUAGGUCGAUUCUUGUCCUACUUGAGUAGCUUCUAUAGCAUCGCACGUCUUCUUAGUCUACUGUUAUUUCGUUGCCGAGUUCAAACACUUUUCUACCGAUUCUGGGUUUUAUUCGAUCUGCGUAAACACGUAAUUUUUUUUUAAAUUUUAACAUUUCCAAUUUGGUAACUAACGAGACUCGAUACUUCUCUUAUUGGAUACGGACCCGACCAUCGGAGUGCCAAUUUUAGUUUUAUUACCUGCGAGACAACUACUUCUUUUACAAAAACUCUUUUUCCUAGUUAAUUAUGUGGCGGUUUGUUUUGUUAUCGGUGUCCUUCUUGCCUUGUUUCUGCGGCGUGUUCGGCAUAUUUUUGUGCUGUCUGACGACUGUUGAUUAUUCGCUGUCGUAAUUGCAAUGUGAAGUUGUCUUCUUCGUAGGAUAUUGUCGCAGGGCUGGUAACUAAUUCAAAUGAAUAUGUUAGUUGUCUUUCAUACAACAGACAAAAUGUACUCUCGUUAGCGGAGACAAGCAGUGCGAUAUUAUAGGCGAAUAAAGCAUAUGGGAUCCAUUCGUUUAAAUAAGCGUUUUAUUCAUUUGUUUGACAACACCACUACAUGUUGGGUGAUAGGAUUAUAACGGAAAGUGUAUAAAAUAUACUUUUUUACGCUUAAAGGUAUCAGUAUUUGUUUCCACAAAUUUGUUCGCCUUCUAUUUGCGCGUACUGAUAUAAUUUAAAGUAUCGUACGGCCCAAAACAGUAGCUAGACACUCUUUCUCCGUAGUACUGUUUUCUAAUUGAAAUUUUUUUAUCAAUUGACUUGCAGAUGAGAUCAAUUCUAAUAGCCAAAUUUUCCAAAUCGGGUCUUAAAAAACUAUAUUAAAUACAAGUAUAUAUGUUGUACUGAUAAUAAACAGGAUGUUAAAUUAAAAAAGAAAAUUAAUUUACUUAACUUUGAUUGCUUUUAUUUUAUACAAACGAAGUAAAACACAACGGAAAAAAUGUUAAUUGUGUAAAACAGAUAAAUGUAUUUCACACUUUAUUCGUGUUAUUUUAAAAAUUCAGUAAAUAUAAUAAUUUGUCAAUGACAUUUAAAAUAUUUAAUUAUUAAUGAAUUUCCCGUAGAAAUGUUGAUUUUCUUUUACUUUAUCGACAUCCUCGAGUGCUGCCGGAUGAAGUAAUUAACGGCAAAUGCAUUUUUCUCCGGAAGAUCGUUAACAACUUGUACUUGCGAUAAACCGCGUGUUUACUUGACUAAUUAUUAAAUUUACAAGUAUCAUUAAAUUUCAACUUCAUUUUAUAAUUCACUUAAAGUAUGUAUAUUUAGCUUCAAUUUAAAAAAAAUCGCAGUAUUACAAAUUUGCACUUCAUUCAGUUUGUCUGUGGAUUUGUCUGUUUUGUCUUAAUGUUUAGAAUAAAGUCAGAUGGAUAUAAUUAGAGACGGAUAUGGAACUAAUAGAAACAGGAGACCCAGUUUAAGUAUACGAGAUAUACAGAUACAAAUUAGAAGACACAUUAUUUCGAUUCAAACGUUUCUCCCUCAAAGCUGCUAGAUUGAUGACCGCCACGACUGUUUUGCUAUCAGGAAAAGAAUAUUGUACAGGAGGAAGAAACUCCUAAUUUGUUUAUCGACAAGCUGCAAUUAAAUAAACCACGUCACACGGAGUCGUAAUCUAAAACUUAAAACGAACGGAAACUCGUGUGUAGGUCAAUUAAAACUCGAAGUAGAAGCGUAAAGUGUGGAAGACCAAACAGGAAAUCACUCGAUAAUGAAGAAUAUUAAAGAAAACGACUAUAAAAUCCAUAUAAAAAUACUCUAUUUUUUAAUACUGCUGCUAUUCCUGCUUGUUCUCGUACUGUCGUUUAUAUUCAUGUAUUUACUUCAACAUUCGAAUAUUCGAAUGGCUUCACCCGUUAGCGAAGUGGGCAAUAUGAAGUCUCGAACAAGUAAUAAUGAGGAUGACAUCAUCAAUCAAAACACUAUUGGUCACCAGGCGAAGAAAAGAGAAGUCUCGUCUGAAACCGAAAAAGAUUGCCAAGGGAAUUGUUCUCUGACACCAAAUCCUUCUGAAAUAAACGACAGUACAAUAAAUAUAAAGGGAGAUUGGAAUGUACAAGUAAAAAAAGCCGAUCUCUUAGAAUACUGUUUCACUGCCGAUGACUUAUGUGGAAGAAACAGAGAGAUAUCAAAAGACGAAGAGAAAGACAAUUUUGGAGGCGAAAAGCAACAAGAAAAUAAAAAUUGCAUUCUUCAAAAUUUUACAGAUGAUGACGCUUUUCAGUAUCGGAUCGUCAAUUUUCGUUUUCAAGUAGAUGAUAACUCAAGGAAAUUUUGUAAUAUUGAAGAAGGUCCAAAAGACAAUUUCAAGAUUACUUCAAAAACAGUAUUUACGCGUUAUAUACAACAAUUUCAAGUUAAUGAAAACGGAGAAGUGAAAAUACUGAAAGAUUUGGAACUUCCUAAAGAAAUGUCAUUAUUUGAAGUUAUAGAAUACAACGGAUAUAUUUAUGGUCGAGAUCGAGAUAUUUCGAAAAAAAGAAUUGUCAAGUAUAACAUUGAAACGGGAAAGUUGACUUUUGGGGAUAAACUCGAUUUUCGUUCGUAUCCCCGUUUAUAUUUCUUACACGGAAAUAACUUUUUCUGGGCACUUGACCGUAUAAAUACAACACGGACUUCACAAGAUUGUUUUGACAAGCUUUUCGUGGCAUAUAAAAUAGAUUUAGAUAAUUUAAAAGUUUCGUCAAAGCUGAAUUUUACUUUGAAUAAUUGUUUGUCAAAUCGCGUGUUCAUUACUCAUGAUAAACCGUAUAUCGUUACUCAUCGCCCUGGUAAAAUUUAUAUUACGUCGGCUUUAAACAACAAAGAGUUUGUAUACUUUGAUGUACAGCCAAACUCAUACUAUAAUGAACGUUUCUUGUAUAAUCCGAAAGAACAAAAUCUUUACUUACACACUACUGAUGAUGAACAAAAUUAUAAAAUUCUUGUAAAAAAGUUACACUUCAAUUGUUCAAACGAAGAUUGACGAGUCGCGUCAAAACUUGAAUUAUUUUCUUUUAAUUUUUACUUUUUUUAUAUAAAAUUGUGUUUGCUUUUAAUGAUCAGGGAAUUUUAUCGAUGAUGAAGGUGAUUAGUCGCAGCCAUCCCAAUUAGUGUUGUUGAUAUACGUUGAAGUUAUCAAUUUAACUAAACGAUUGCUUAAACGAAUGGGUUGAAAAUCCGCUAUUAUUACUGAUUACAUACUAAUUUAUUAUUAAACGUAGACGCCAAGCGGAUUCUUUUAUGUUAAUAAAAACUUAUUAAUUAUAUUAUUAUAAUAUUAUUUAGUAUCUAAUCAUUAAUAAUGGUGGAUUUAUGGCUCGAUUAAACGGAUCGUUUAAUUGAGUAUUUAGGUAUCGGGCUUCGGUUUAUUUAGACAUGUUGUCAGUUGUUUCCGUCUUUCUGGUUUUGUUCGGUGCUCAGACAAUUGUAAAAUUUUUGUACUUAAAUUUUUAAGUACAAAAGUUGAGGAUCAGAAAUUUCGUGUUAUAAACCUUAAUCUUCUAUAAAUUUUAAUUAAACUUUAAAUGCAAUUCUCUAAAGACAGAAUGAGUUAUUAUAAAUUAAGAAAAAAAAAAGAAAAAUAUAAUCGAGAAAAUCAGGUUAAACCUCGGUUCUCACCAGUUGGGUUCCUUGUUGAGUUGAAUAAAUCUCUGUGUCACGUUUGUAUCACUUGUCACUUCAUAGGUCCAAGGAGAUCGUCAUCUAUGACGAAAUCUGGAAAAGGCCCGAAAGGAGCACGUCUUAUAAAAAGGGUAGGCACGACGAGUAAGAUCGUGGAAAUUACGAUUUGAUUGUGUGUGUGUGUGUGUGUGUGUGUAUGCUUCACGUCCACCUCAGUAAUGUAAAAGACAAAAGUUUUAUGCUAACUGAUGAAAAGUUAUUACGAUUUAUAUGAGAAAUGAUGACAGUUAGAGUGACUGACAAGAAUGAACCUGGAGAGUACUGGUUACUUCAAUAUUAUAAUGUUCUGAAUGUUUGUUAUAGAAUACAAAUUGAUCGCGAGCCGUAAAGUAGGCUUUUAACAUGUAGCUCUCGUUUAGUGUAUGUAGAUCUAAUUUUCGUAUAAAUUGCAGCUGCAUUACUGUAGUUAGAAAAAGCUCUCUCGAAAUUAAUACUAGUUGAACGUACUGUCAUUAGAGCAUUGAAACCUUUUUUAAGAUAUGUUCCUUAUUUUUUGCUCUAAGAAAUAAUUGUUGAAACUUGGUAUUCGAAUCUACAACAGACACUGUUAUAGCCAACAAAAACUUUUAUUUUAAACAACAAGAAGAAACACUACAACUUCACACGACUUAAGAAAAAAAAGGAGGGAAGAGGAAAAGAAAAAGGAUAGAAGGAGCUUACAGCAAAAACGAUAAACGUUGCCACUAAUCAACAGAUGAUAAAAAUGUUUCUUUCCUUAUUAUUCAACAACAAUGUAUUUUUUUCAACUAUAUUUUUCACAUUUUUAAACUACUUAUAUUACUGUUAUCAGUGUCUACGCUCGUUUUAUGUUUAAUUAAUAAUUCCAAUUUUUCUUUUGUUGUUAAAUUUGACUUUCCUAUUGUGCACUUCUCGUGUCGACGUAAAAGGUUGAUGGUGUAGUAAACAAUGUAAGCAAUGCCCACCUCUUAAUAAUUUGUUUUUAUUUUUUGAUAAGUGCUUGAUUGUUUUUACAAUCCCAUUCGAAAUUAUAUUUUUCUUUACAUUAUUGUAUAUUUUUUCUGUAACUUAUUUUUGUUCAAUUUGUUCCUGUAUUAUACUCCAAUUACAAGAAGCAAAUUCUUUCAAAUCGGUAUUAAAACUCUAAGCAAAUAAAAUUAAAUAUGCCGUUUUAAUUAUAUACGGGAUGAUAAACUUAAACAGAAAAUCAAUUUUCUUAGUUUUAAUUUUUUUUUUUUUUUUAAUUUUACGUAAACAAAGUAAAACACAUCAGAGUAAAUGCUAUUUCUGGAACACAGAGAAGUGUAUUCGACAUUUUAUUCGUGUAAUUUUAAAAAUUUAUAUAGUGAAGACGUUACUAAGUAAAUUGCCCAAUCUGUGAAGAGAAUUUAAAAAAAUUUUUUUACUAAAUAUACUAUA